UGGACGACACUGCACUUCUAUAUACGGCCUUGACUGCACUUGCUGCUGGUUGCUGUGCAAAGAACUGAAUUGAAUUUUGUUAAAAGCAUAUUAAAUUAACUGCGUUAUAACAUUCGCAAGAUGCGCCUCGGGAUGCCGGAUCCAUCAUUGUACUGUGUGAAGGGUAUGGUCAUCCUGGACAAUGAUGGCAACAGAAUUCUCACCAAGUACUAUGACAAGGAGACCUUCCCUACUGCAAAGGAGCAAAAGGCUUUUGAAAAGAACCUCUUCAGCAAGACGCAUAGGGCAAGCGCCGAAAUUAUCAUGCUGGAUGGCCUGACCUGCAUCUACAAGAGCAAUGUGGACCUCUUCUUUUAUGUCAUGGGUAGCUCACAGGAAAAUGAGCUCAUUUUGAUGACAGUGCUGAACUGUCUUUAUGAGUCAGUCAGCAUGAUUUUGAGGAAGAACGUUGAGAAGCGGGCACUUCUGGACAACAUUGAUGUUGUCAUGCUGGCCAUGGAUGAGAUUUGUGACAACGGUAUCAUCAUGGAGGCCGACUCGGGCGCGGUUCUACAACGGGUGGCGGUCCGUACAGACGAUAUCCCGCUCGGGGAACAGACGGUGGCCCAGGUGAAGGCUAGGGUCUCUGGUCUGACAGGAAGUGUGCUUCAGUCGGCCAGAGAGCAGCUGAAAUGGAGUCUGCUGAAGUAACACCGCCCGCUGCACCUUCUGAUCACCGACUCCGCUCUUGCGGAAUACAAAGAGAGGGGAGUGGGACCACCGUCGGGAGAGAGGCCGCCACAGGCGAGGGCAGGGCUAAGUGUAUAUAUGGGUUGGAGUGGCUACCGCACCAUGCUUUGUGGAUUAGUUUGAAGGAUGGGUAUUGGGUAGGAAAGCCGACUGCGCCACGGGCGUAUGACGAUUGGAUGAAGUUGGAUCGGAGAAAGCGGCCCCUGCUCCCAAAGACGCGUCGGGUGUUGCCGGUGGAUGAAAAAAAAGGACGGCGUUGGGGAGAGUCGGUGUUGCAUUCCGUCGAGUGUCUUGGUGUAGUUGCCGCGACGCCGGAUCUGUCUGUUUUGUGUCGGAUAUAUUUAAAAUGAAAAGAACACGGACGAUAGAAGUGUCUACACGUGGCGGAAAUGCUGCUAAAUGGUUGGUGGUUUGAUACAAUUAUCAAUAAACAAGCUAUGUUGACCA